AGUUCAGUUCCAAAAAUAUAUUCGGAUUUUUUUUUCCUCUUCGUUUUUUUUUCUUUCUUGGUUUCUGGCCGAAACGAAUAUCGAGUUUGAUGAGAAUUAUUAAAUGUUUCGGUCAGAGCAAUUCCACCAGGCGUCGAGUGCGGAGCUUAUUUAAGUGUUUGUGUGCGAUUCGAAGGAAGUUUUUUGUGAAUUUAUACCAAAAUUAAUUGUUCCCUGUAAUCAGAAGAAUAAUUUGCUAAACAAAACAAAAAGAACAUAAACAAAAUGGUUUACGAAAGUGAUUUCUAUACAACACGCAGACCGUAUUCAUCCCGGCCAAAUGUGUCGUCAUACUCAGUGACGUCACCCUUCAUCACUGUUCCUACCGUCAGAAAGGUCACUUAUACCACAACCUAUCCAAUAUAUUCGACCUAUCCUGUUGUGCGUCACCGAUCAAUACCUUAUAUUGCACACAAACGUUUGGUAACCGGAUCAAGAAUCAGAUCAUCCGUUACACCAGCCAGAACAUCAGUAACGCGUAUUGUUUCGGUUCCCACCUUCCGGGCAAUAACGCCAUUGCGUUACUCAACCCCUGUUCGUUAUACAAUUCCAACUCGUUUCCCAAUAACACCGAUUGCCGUUCUGACAUCACCAGCCAACUACGUUCGUUCUUAUACAACACGUGUCUCAACAUCACCAACUCGUACCACGUUCAGUAUCCGUACUAGACCAUCCAUUUUCGAACGCGAAUACAAACGCAUUGAAAACAAGGUUCGAUCCCGUCCAGCUCACUUGUUCACUGAUAGUUAUUUGAAUUCGGAUUCAGUGCGAGCUUUUGAUGAUGCUACCAAAUCGAUUCGCAACGACACCAAUACCUUGAUGCGUAAGAUCCAUCAACGUGUUGAACGUGCUCAAAGCUGCUUGCCAGCUUCGUCCUACACUGCCAAGUAUGAAAGACGUUAUGGUCCCGACUCAUUUGUGUCUCAUCUCGUCGCACCGCUCAAAAGCACCAUCUACAAUGGCGUCGAAUCGUGGAAUCCACACAAGUACAUCGGCAAAAGCCACCUAGCAUCGGUUCGCAUAGUCGGAAACAAAGCUUACAAUACUCGAAGAGCAACAACAGCUUUCGAUGAUGAUAAAGUACGCAACGAUGUAAAUCUGUUGUCCUAUUACCUGAAAAAUCGUAAAGCCGCGGCUGAAAACAAGGAACCACCUGUGGUUUUAGAAUCAUCUAAAUUAGACCCAAUGAGACCUUCACGCAAAUUCACGGCUCCCAAAGGUGAUGACGGAGCCUGUGACGAUGAAUUGAGAGAGAAGCAAGUAUUGAGAGCUCAAAGACUUCAAGCAUUGGCCGAGGAAACGUUCGAUGAGGACGCCUUUGCCAAGAGAAAGAGCGAUUUUGCAUCAAAACUUUUGGACGACGAGUCAGUCAAAUCGAAAAAGUCAGAAAAACAAAAGCAAAUCGAAGAAGAGGAAGCCGAACGCUUGAAAGAACAACAACGCCAAGAAGCCGAACGAGCACACAAAGAAGCUGAGCGCAAGCGAGCCGAAGCAGAAGAGGAAGCUCGCCAACAGGAGCUUGAAAGACAAAGACGUGCAGCUGAAAAAGAAGCUGAACGUGAACGUCAAGCUAAACUCGAGCGACAGGCCGAAUUGGAGAGACAAAAGGAAGAGGAAGAAAGAAUUGCCGCCGAAAAGGCUCAACGCGAGCGUUUAGCUGAACUUGAACGUCAAGCCGAACUCGAAAGACAAGUUGAGCUUGAGCUACAAGCUGAACUCGAAAGAGAAGCAGAACUUGAACGCCAACGCAAAGAGCAAGAAGAAAAAGAAGAAGAGGAACGAAUUGCCGCCGAACAGGCUCAACGGGAGCGCUUAGCUGAACUUGAACGAGAAGCUGCACUCGCACGACAGGCUGAAGAAGCCGCACAGGAGGAAGCAUCUCAUGAUGAAGCCAGUGAAGCCGAAGCAUCCGCUGCAGAAGAGUCACACCACGAAGAACCUCUUUCCGAAUCAGACAUCGAUGAGGAACAACUUCGUGCUGAUCGACAAGCUGAAGAAGAGAGACGCCAUCAAGAGCAAAAGCAACGUGAAAUUGAAAUGGCCCGAUUAGCCGAAUUGGAAGAGAUUGCUCAACAAGAACAAGAAGCUGAAAUUGCCAGACAGGCUGCUGAGCUUGCUGAACUUGCAAGACAACAGGAAGCCGAAGCUCGCAAGCAACAAGAGGAGGAAGAAGAAGCUGCCAGUGAAAGUGCCCAGUCAGCGGCCGAGGAAACAAGUGAAGGACCACAAAGUUCAAAAUACGCCGACAACGAUGAUAUCGAAAAUGAUGAUGACGUUGUCAUCAAUCACGAUACAGUUGAUGUUACUGACGAUGACGCCCAAUCGGUCGGUUCAAAUGACGCCGAAAACUCAAAAUAUGAAAGUGAAGAAGAAACAGAAUAAAUUUAGGUGUUGAUUGUUUUUAUUUUGUUUGGAAUGUCGGUGCUUUCUUUGCAUUAAUUAUAAUUUUAGAAAAAACAAACAUCACUUUUAUUAUCUACCUACAAAAUAUACAGCAUAAAUUCACUUUCGGUUUAUUCGAUAUGAUUCGAUUUAAAUCGUUUUUUUUCAUGUUUUCAUCGAAGCAAAAUUUAAGCUUUUGCUUUUUUAGUUUAGUAUUUCUUUCGCUUGGUAUUUCUUUUUAUUUUCAUUUCUCUCUCUCUCUCACUCUAUCUCACCUUUUUGUCCCAUUGAAUUUAAUGUUGUAAACGACAAAAAUUUAAUUUUAAAAAAAUAACUACAUAUACAAUAAAGAGCAAACAGAAAAUGCAAUAAAAAGAUAUAAUUGGAUAAAUAA